UGUGUCUCGGCAGUAACCGCACUGUUCGUCGCAUCUUCACGGCUUGUCUGCUCUCGUUUCUGGCUCUGCUCGGCUCAGUCUCCGUCGACCUCAGCUCCAACUUGGACCUGCUGCGCGCCACAGAGGCCGCUGUCGCCGAGCUGACUUCAUGCAGGACUACGGCUAUUCUCCAACUCAUAGGUGAACUCCAAAACAGGAGAAGUCUAUGCAGAAAGUACAGGAGUAACGAGACAGACCAAGAAAAGUGUCUACCAACUAGCAUUUUACCAGUGAUUAUUAGACUUUGCACUGAUAAGGAGGGCCACAGAAACAGUCAGGGUCACCCAUGCAGCGAGGAGUUGGUGGAGUUCUGCCAGAAACUCUGGGAAGAUUUGACAGAAUUUCUGAACACAACAUGGGGAGUUGAGGACAACAGUGACAUGUCCGUGUUCUCCUUGACCAUUGUCAGACUCCUGGACAUUUGGGGGGACGUGGAACAGGACAUUAGUCAAGUCAAGCAGUUUUCAGACUGGAAAGAUGUCCUCUCAUUGAGACUGUUGGUCACAUUCCUGGAACUCAACCACCAGUUCAGGGAACUCCCUUCCAUAGGAAACCAAGCUGACUUUCACAAGAAGUGGAUCCACGCACUCAGCCGUCUAGCCUUUGCCCAGCUCUUGUCAGAAACGCUAGAGGACUGCUGGGUGGAGAACAUUCAACUAAAGCUCAACCUGACCAACAGCCUCAAAGUUGACCCAUAUGUCUUUGAGUCUGCCCCGUGGCAGAUCCCAGCGUUUGGCACGGUGAGAACAGCAGGCGUCCUCACAGGCUCUCAGACUGGCAUCCAGGCUCUGAGGGACACCCAGGCGUGCCUGCUGGCCAGGGCGGUGCCAGCUCUGAAGCUCCGAUCCAGGGCCAUGUUCUCAGGGCUCAGCAUGCGGAUCUCCCUGUUGACAUUGGCCUGCCUGAUCUAUCCGUUGGUGCUGGUGUCCUUCAAGCAGAUGACGGAGUGGAUCCAGAACUAUGCACGCAGCCUGCAGGAGAGGACCGAGGACCUGAAGCGCCAGAGACAGCUGGCCGAGGACCUCCUGCACCAGAUGCUGCCCAAGACCGUAGCCAAGCAGCUGAGGCAGCAGAAGCACGUGGAGGCGGAGAGCUACGAGAAGGUGACUAUUUUCUUUUCUGAUAUCGUUGGUUUCACCACUAUCUCGGCCUCCUGCACCCCUCUGCAAGUCGUGGAGAUGCUGAACAACCUGUACAUGUGCUUUGACACUCGCAUCGACUCCUAUGACGUCUACAAGGUGGAGACGAUAGGCGAUGCCUACAUGGUGGUGAGUGGGCUGCCUGAAAGGAAUGGGGAUAAGCACGCUGAUGAGAUCGCCAAGAUGUCGCUGGACCUGGUGGCGGCGGUCAGACAGGUGGCAAUCCCCCACAUGCCCAACACGAGACUACAGCUCCGCGCAGGCAUACACACAGGUCCAUGUGUGGCAGGUAUUGUCGGCUACAAGAUGCCCAGAUAUUGCCUGUUUGGAGAUACUGUCAACACAGCCUCUAGAAUGGAGUCCACCAGCUUGCCUCAGAGGAUCCACGCCAGCUCAGCCGUAUACCUGGCUCUGAUGAAGGACGGUGCCUACGAGCUCCAGCUGAGAGGAGAGAUCGAGGUGAAGGGUAAAGGGAAAAUGAACACAUACUGGCUGAUCGGACACAAGAACUACAGUGUUCAGAAUGACAGUCUUGUGUGCCACUGGAACCCCAAUCUAGCCAGAAAGAAGAAGACACUGGUGGGGAGCGACAUUUCUAUGGCGAACUCCUGUGUGACAGUGCAGAGCCUCAGUGAGAACGCUACCACUCCCGUGCCUCAGGGCUCCAAGGCCCAGCAGGGGCCCCUGUGUGUGUCCGUGUCAGCCCAGGUGGAGCACUGCGCCAGCAGCUUCGGUACCCUGGGCUCAAUGAUCGGGGGCCUCCAGGGACUAGAGAGCCCCAGGGAAGGGAAAGCCCGCGGGGGGACGGGAGGAGACAAACCGGACCUGCUGCCUGGAUCUGGAACCAUCCCUCAUAUGUGAUGUAGGGCUGGACUGGGACAAGAAACUUCUCUAAAACUAAAUUGCUAUGGAUUUUUACCCUGGCUGUUUGAGUGGAGGUUCAGGGGAUUUUAAUGAUGAUGUAAAUACAGUAUAUUUAGGCAUGUGUGAAAGAACCACAAUUAAUAAAAUAUCUGGUGUGUGUGUUUUAUAUACAGAGUAAACAUUUUUGUAUCAACCUUGGACAGAUUGUGUUGUCAUUGUCCAUCUUUUUUUUAGUCCCAUAAGAUCAAAACGUCUGUGGAUGAAUAAAAGCUCCUUUAAAAUUAGCAGCGAAUCGUUUCAAUGUU